UGUUCAGAGACGUAUAAUUUAAAUUUAGGUGCUGUAAAUACAACAAAAAUGAAGUUCUUACUAUUUAAAGCAGUUAAAUAGGCUUUAUUUUUCUUGCAGACCAUAUAUGCAUGGUCAACAAAUUUAGAUAUCACUAAAGACACCGACUUAAAGAUCACUUCCUUAGAUGGUGGAUAUUCCUGUACUUUCAGAGCUGAUAUGACUAUUGAAGAAGAUGUGACAUUUUUAUUCAAUGGAUUCAACUUUAAUAUGCAUGGUAAUUUUCUAAAUAAGGGUAUAUUUUACGUUAGGAAUAUAGGAACUUGGCCGAAUUAUGCUCCUGGUCACAAAACUGGUAUGACGUUUAAUAUUAAUAAUGGUGAUAGCCAAUACUCGAUCGAUAAUUAUGGUACUAUUGUUAUCAAUGAUAACACUACUACUUGUAGUCCUCCUUCUUAUUAUUGGGCUAGUAAAGACUUCUAUAACGAGGGUAAUAUUACUUUCGCAGGUAGUCAAAUAUGCGACGGCGCUACCUUUCAAAUUAAGCCAACAGGAUCUUUUGUGAAUAAAGGAGUCAUCUCAUAUGUUCAAUAUUAUAUGACCACAUUUAAUCCACCAAGUACCUAUUUUGGAUCUCGGUCUGGUUGUGACACCGGUGCUCCCACGACAAUCAAUAAUGGUACAUUUUGUUUAGUGAACAAUAAUGCUUUAUUUCAAAUGUCCCAAUAUUCUGGAAAUGGAUGCAUAGAUGUGGGUGAGCAAAGUACAUUUGCACUUUUAUGUUCUCAAUUAUAUGGAAUUGAUGGAAACUUACAAACAAUUUAUCUUAGUAGUAAUACAUCAGUAUUAGAUAUUUAUAGUAUCAGGAAUCCUGCAUCACAAAUCUGAACAGGAAUCAUACAUACUGUAUUUCCCUCUUCUAGUAUAGACAGAGGAACUGGAACUAAUACUGAGGGUUCAACAACCUCUAAGAUCAUCAAUCUUUCAGAAUGCCCUGCUACGGCUACAAAUUAUCUUUUGAAUUCAAUCAAGAACAUCAUAAUUCCACAUACUAUUACUAUUAUAUACUUUCCGGGAUGAUAUUUCUUGCACAGAAUCUGUCAAUAAUAGUAUUACUGUAACUAUAAUUCCUAACCUUGAAUAAGC